CUUUAUUGCAUUCCUUUUAUUUUUGGAGAUUUGCUGCUUUAUUGGUACGAUGGGAGACUUGAAGGAUUACCUCAAAAAGUACAUGUCGUCCAACGCGGACGGCAUUACGAAAAAAAAGCGAAAAAAGCGCCCACAACCUACGUCGGGGGGUACGACGCAAAUCAUUGACGAAGAAGUCGACUGGGCUGUCUCCAAUCAAAAAGACGAUGACGAGGAUGCUCCUGUUAUUGUUGACCCUGAAGCUGAGGACGGGGGGAACACUAAACCCAUGUUCAGGAGCGAUGCAUGGCAGACGAUCCGAGAAGGGGAGAGAAGGUCUCCGUCACCUUCCCCGCCGCCUACACGAAAAAGGGCAUCACCAUCCCCCUCGCCACCAAUACACAGAAAACGUCGAAGAUCCCCAUCACCAACUCCACCCCCUCCCACGAAAUCCCAUAAACCAAAUUCCCCACCCCGCCUCUCAGAUGGUCGUAGAGCAGGCCUCCAAACCGGAGCAGCCAUCCGGCAGGACGCCCAAGAACGUGAAAUGGCCCGCCAAAAAGCUCUGUCAAAUCUGACACCCUCACAAACCGGUCAACACGCCCAAACAGUGUACAGAGACAAACACGGCAAAAAAGUCGAUCUGGCUGCCCAGAAAGCCGAAUUGGCUGCCAUGCGACGUCAACGGGAGGCACAAGAAGAAAAGGACAUGGUAUGGGGUAAAGGCGUCGUACAACAACGUGAAGCAGAACAAGAUGCCAAACGUCUUGAAAUGGAACAAGAUCGUCCGUUAGCUGUCUAUGUUGAUGAUGUGGAACGGAACAAGGAGCUCAUGGACCGAGAUCGAUGGGGUGACCCCAUGGCAUUUAUGACUGCCAAGAAAAAGAAAAAGGACAAGGACCGCCCUGUCUACCGUGGUCCACCGCCUCCACCCAACAGAUUUGGUAUCCCACCUGGGUAUAGAUGGGAUGGCGUGGACCGGUCCAAUGGAUUCGAGACACGGUACUUUCAAGCAAAGAAUCAACGCAGUGCGAUUCAACUUGAGGCGUACAAGUGGUCGACAGAGGAUAUGUAAAAAAAAUAACGGUCCAAUAUCCACUUUGUACAUACCACUCCACCACCGUUAACCAGUAGUCACCCUGUAUGUCGGUUAUAGUGCAUUACCUCAAUUAAGGGCGCACAGUCACUGCACACAUCUUUCCAGUCACGCUAAGCCCGUGGUUCCAUCUCAGUUGCAGUGUGCCAUAAAUGGGUGACUAGUUAAUGGUGGUGGAGUGGUAUGUACUGUACUCCUCAUCAUACAACCCGAGUCGAGGUGUUUAAUGCUUAAAAAUGUUGAAAAAAACAGGCGGGGUAUUUUGUAUGCAUCGGAUAAUAAUUUCUGAAAAUGUACUCUAAUGACAUACCCAGCAAAAAUCGUACAGUACAUCGGGCAUGUGGCAAUGGUUCGAAUGCAUACAUACAGCAUGUGCAGAUAAAGAUCGUGCAUCACGUGAGUCAUGUGGUGGUGGACGCGGUAUCUUAUAAUACAAUAGAAAAUGUCCCA